CAUAAGCAUUCAAGAGUUGCUUACGUUCGGUUCGUUCGCAUUUCUUCUCUAUCUUAUAUAAUAUUAUAUUUUCUCCUAAAUCAAUUUUUUCACUACCAACAACAACAACAAUAAUAACAACUCAACUAUUCUCAACUCGCGUCAACCUUAACUUAACUUUCUCAAAAAAACAACAAACUACAACUCUACCACUACCAAUCUGUCAACUUUCCGUUUUUAAACUGAAACUGCAAAACCAAAACAUUUAUUUUCCUCUCGACGGCCAUUGACAAAGUUUUGUUUUUCAAAAAAAAAAAACCCGAGAAGGAGAAAAUUGCCAAGCCAAAGUGGUGAAAGGAUAACCCAAAGAUUCGUUCAAAAAUCGUAUUCCCCCCCGUUAUGUUUUGAGUCCAAUACCGUGUUGAAAACAAACGUAAACGUAAACGCGAAUGUAAAUGUAAAAAUCGAUAAGCCACACGCAGCCAGCCAACUGAACGCGAGCGUGUCCGUGUGUGUUUUGUGGAGCGAAGGGGAUUGAACGGGGGGAACUGACCAAAAAUCGGUGGCCCUGGCCAAAAACGCAAAAACUCCGGCCCAACAAAAAAAAAUACAAGAAAAGCAAAGCACAGCAAAGCAAAGCAGAGCAAAGCAAAGCAAAGCACAGCAAAGCAAAGCAGAGCAGAGAGAGCGACUCGAAACUCCAGCCCAAAUGACGGAUACGGGUCUGACAACGAAUCAAGCGCCGAAAUGUGUGAAGUGGCUGUGAAACCCGAGGAAUCCUAACUAAAAACCAAACCAAUUUACAAUAAAAUGCAAAUUACUAAGAAUAUUUAACCACACCACUCCACACACAACAACAACAACACACACACAGGGACACACGAAACACAGCAGAAAUGCCAGGCCUGAAACUCAACAAGCUGUACGACUAAAACUUUAAGAGAUCUUUCGGCGAGCCAAACUCUAUAUACAAUAUAUACAAAAUAUAUAUAUAUAUAUAAAAUUAUAUAUAUUUUCACAUGCGAGAUAACAACAGCAACGUUUCCUUUCCGCUUUUGCCACAAAUAAUACCCCCUGAGACGGUCUUUGCUCGCUCGAAACUCGACACUAGCUUCAGCACUUAGCCCUCUAAGAUCUACCAACUGGAUCCUAAUCAAGCUCCUAGCCAAAAACAACUCCAACUCCAAAACCUCUAAUCUACCAAGAACUUAAUCCCGAAAAUGCCGCGCUGCCUGAUAGCCAAGAAGUGGAAGGCCUAUCCCUGGCUGGAUCGUACGGAGGAUGUUAGCAACCAGCAGCAGCAACAUCAGCAGCAGAGUGCUCCCAGCUCGCCUCGAGAGCUGGAGGAGCUGCAUCUGAAGUCCAGACGCUCCACCCUGGACGACGAUGAGGAGAUCGAUGUGGUGGGCGAUAAAUUCCUGAUCAAGUUGGAGAAGCAACGCACAACAGCAGAUGCUGCAGCAGCAGCCGCAGCAACAGCAGCAACAUCAUCCGAAGCAGCAACAUCGCACAGUAGCAGUAACAACAACAUGGAGCCUUCGACGACGACGACGACGACGACAUCCAAGUGCUGGGGACCCAGUUCACCCACGGCGGGCACCACGGCUCCAAGUCCGCCACCCCAUUCGCCGGAGGCGGCGACGCGAGUGGCCGGCAAUGUUUACAACGGCUACACCCGCGAACUGUCGCCGCUGCACUACACCGCGUACCUGCCCCGCAUGGAGAGCGAGAUAACCGUGAUCCGUGCCGCGGCCACAGCUCUGGUGGCAGCCAGGACAUCCGGCAACGGAAGUGGAGAUCAGCACCUGGCCGCCUACCAAACGCCGCCCUCGUCCACAACGUCAUCACCCUCUUGUUCGCCCAGCGGUGCCGGCGAUCGGUACAGUCCGCUCUCGAGUGGACAAACCUCCAGCGAACGGAAGUGUUUCAGCAGUACGGGUGCCACACUGUCGCUGCCGCCAAAGAAGAAGGACAUCUACAGGCCGUACUCCCUGGACGACAAGCCGGCGCAUGGCUAUAGAAGAAGGGUUCCGGCGGAGGAGGACCUGCAUGCGGCACAUGCUAUCCUGGAUCUGAGUGCCAGCACAGCCUUCCACCCGCCCACGCAGCCACACCAGCUGCAGCAACAGCAGCAGCAGCAUCACCAUUCCCAGCAGCAACACCUUGGCCCGCAGCAACAUCACUACUUGCCACUGCAGCAGCAGCAGCAACAGCAGCAGCAGCAGGCACACCACACCCACUUGCCAACUCUCGAGACGCAUGCGCAUCUGCGCAGCACGUCAUCGAUUGCCGAACUGGCUGCAGCGGCCAGUGUGGUAAAUGAGCAACGCCCCGCCAGCAAUGCCUCGAGUGCCAGCAGCAAUCACAUGCCCAGCAGUCCCAGCAGCAACUCGAGCAGCAGCAGCAGCAGCAGCCAGGUGCAGAACGAGAACAGCAACACCACCAACACGAACCCGGAUGGGGAUGGAUGCCUGCAGGAUGGCGAGCACAGUGCCGCCUCCGGUGCCUCGGCCAAAACAGUGGCGUACACCUACGAGGCCUUCUUUGUCAGCGAUGGCCGCUCGAAGCGCAAACAUGUGGCGGAUCCCGCAGCUGUCGCCGCCGGUGUGCCCACUCCUGACCAGCAGAAGACCAAGUACACCUGCUCCGAGUGCGGCAAGCAGUAUGCCACCUCCUCGAAUCUGUCGCGCCACAAGCAAACGCAUCGCUCGUUGGACUCGCAGUCCGCCAAGAAGUGUCACACCUGUGGCAAGGCCUACGUCUCCAUGCCCGCCCUGGCGAUGCACUUGCUCACGCACAAACUCUCGCACAGUUGUGGCGUUUGUGGCAAGCUCUUCUCGAGACCGUGGCUGCUCCAGGGUCACCUGAGAUCCCACACGGGCGAGAAGCCCUAUGGAUGUGCGCACUGCGGCAAAGCCUUUGCCGAUCGUUCCAAUCUGCGAGCACACAUGCAAACCCAUUCGGUGGACAAGAACUUCGAGUGCAAGCGGUGCCACAAGACCUUCGCCCUGAAGUCAUACCUCAACAAGCACUUGGAGUCGGCUUGCCUGAAGGACGAGGAGGAGCUGAUGAUGUCCAUGUCGCUCUCGAUGCACGACAGCAACAGUGAGAGUGGGGCCAGUAUGGCCUCAUCGCCGCCACACGAGUUCCUGGAGCGCGUCAAACUCGAGGGCAGCGGAGGAGCCACUUAUGCCAUGUAAGCAUCAAACACAUUGGGCGCUACACAAAAAUCAAGUCGUGAUCCGGCUCGUUGGACCAGACUUGGGGAUUUCUGUUGCAACGCCGAUGAACAAAGAGGAAGGAGGAUGUGCUGUAACUGCAUAGCUGGUUAGUUAAUUUACCGUUAAAGUUAAAGUUACCGUUACCAUUUACAACUAGGUUAACCGAUAGCCGUUUUUAUAGAAGAUACAUACAUCACAAUACGUCCAAGAGCAAAGUGUAGUAGAGUAACACAGAGACUGUAGAAAUUCGCAUUAGGCAGCCAAGCAACCAAAUACUCAAUGGGUGUGUUUUCAAAAUCUGUUGGUUGAUUUGAGAACUCAAUUUUUAAGAACAAAGGUGCCUCUAAAAGUAUGCAAUGGAAACUUCCAAAUUCGUGGUCAGAUUUUGGAAACACCCCCAUAUUAACCAACUCAAAAUGGUUCUUCUUUAGAGCAUAAGUGAGUUGAACAUUCCUAAAAACCAAAGCAUUCCACAAAACGAAACAACAAACAAACAAAAAAAGAAGGAACACACACAAUACACCCCAAACACACAGAGAGCCUUGUGUAUGAGGUGGUAAAGCCACAUGCAUUCCGAGAACCUGAAGAAAUCUAAGCAAUUCUAGCAGCUAUCUUAUCUAUCUUACUACUUACCAAAUCGAAUACGAAUCGAAUUGAAUUGAAUCGAAAGCGAAAACAAAAACACAAACACAUAAGAGUACUAUAUUUAAAUGCAUAUAUAGAGUGUACUAUAACCUGUAGCGAAACCAAACGAACGUUUUAAUCUACCCACUCUCUCCAACUAACUCUCGAAGAACACUCCUCUAGCUAACCCUAACUCUUACUCGAACAAUAUCUCUCUACUCUCUAUCUCUAUCUCUUUAAUCGACAAAGUUGACGUGACAUGACGGCGACGAUGACGACGAAGUGAUUAAAAUUAAUGCAACGAAUACAAAAGCAAAUGCAAUGUUUCUCAAACAACGAAUUAGGACUUAAGGGCAGCCUAUCUAUAAGCAGUAAUUACGAGUGCUAGCCACUAAGCAAUUUUAAACUAAGUCACACGAAAGCGACAUCUAAGCACUCAACUCAAUUUUUAGAUUCGAUAUAUAUUGACAACGAUACAAAUUAAUCAAAAGCAAGCAACAAAAACGAAACGCAAAGCAAUAUUUAGUCGGGUUUUGCGAACCGGUUCAAAGUGGGAGCGGUUCCAUAGCGAAUGUUAACAAACUGAAAACAACAAGGACCAACUCAAACUCCCCGAGAACUGGUUGUGUAAGCCUCAUAUUAACCCUUGUAGAAAGCAUCACGAUCACGUUUAUACAUAUAGGUCAGUCCCCCCCCCAAAAAAAAAUAAGUUCACUCCGUUAUCAUUAAAGGCUAGAAGAGCAUUGCAAAGAAGUCACAGAGGGCGGUUCGAAACCCCUUUUCUUUCGUUGGGCGCCGUAAUUCCGCAGUCAAAAAGCACUACUCACCAGUGAAAUAGCCUAUGAUUAUUUAUGUUAGUCCUUAGAAGUGAACAUCUAGUCGCUGUUUAACAGCAAAAUCACUUAUUUCAUACCAAAGCUAUACCCUAGACCCUAUAACCAGUUUUUAGUAUCAACAAGCAUUGCAUUCAGUUCGAGGCCCAAUUAGGAGUGAAACCAGCGAAUAAGACCAAAGAAAUCCGGGAAAGCCCCAGUAUUCGAUCGCAUAGAGAGAGCCCCUCAAUCGCAGAACAGAACGGAAUAUAUCGAGUGUGAUCUAGUCUCAAGCAUUUAACAGUACACUUCGUCCAUGCGUGAAUAAUACUUUUGCACUUUUUCGACACUUAACCGACCUAGUACGAUAUUACUUAGCCCUAUAUUAUGUAACUGUAACUCAUAUUCAUUCAUUCACUCAUUCAUUGAAUCGUUUACGCAUUCAUCUUCAUACUCACACAAGCUCACACACUCAAAACACUCAAUCGCUGCACAGCCUGUAUAUAUUAGGAUAUAGCAUAUACAUACAUCACACAUCAGCAUUAUACUAUAAUCAUCUGAAUCAACUAAAAUCAGCUUCAGCAACCGAUCUCAAAGAGGAAGUGGGGGAAAGAAGUGCAACGAACAUUUUGUAGCGCUAGUCGUAGCCAAGUUUAGAUGACCCAAAACCAAAGUUGUUGGUAUUUCUAAGCGGGUAUCUUGGGAAUAUAUAGAAGAUAUACUAUAUACAUCUAGAAUACGUAUGUAGUUGCGUAAUAUUUACAAAGCAUAUAUUAUACACAGCUAGGUUUAGUCUUCAGACAUGUACUCGUAAGUUAAACUAGUAAGUAUAAUCACGAAAUUAUUUUUAUACUGUUGUUCGGAGGAGGGAGCGUCGGACGAGAGAGAUGGCAACACUUUUAAGGAAUAUUAUUAAUCGAAUAAUCGAGACGAGAUCGCAAUCGGCAUCGGCAUCGAAUAAAUCGGCUAAAGUACCAAAGCAAAUACUCAAAAAUAAAAAGCAAGAUAAGAAACCCUGCAAACCGCAAGACAAAUUACAAUUAUUUCAAUUACAACUACAAUUAAUUAUAUAUAAUAUAUAGCGUUAUCUAGCAUAUAGUCAACUAUUAUUUACGUAUCGUUUAUUAUUUAUCGACGCAAGAAAUGUAAUGAAUAUUUAUGAAAUUUGCAUUAUAAGAAUGUUGAAUUAAAUUGAAUUGAAGCCCGGCAAUAAUAUUAAAUUUUAAAAAUUUUGUAUAACAAUUGUAUAGAAGGCGAAGGAAAGUAAAGCAAUAACUUAACUUAACUAACGAGUUAAUCGAUUUAUUAGUCUUAAUGAAUACUGUAAGGUUGGAACUACUUACAAUUAGCAAUCAAAGCACACAUGUAAAAACCAAAAACAAAUGAAAAACGAGAGAAGCAAUUAUAAAGUUACAAAUAUACAAUACAUAUUAAAUAACCACACAUUUUACGAGCGAAA